AUGGAAGGCUAUGGUCUUUCCCGUCGAGGCGCUGCUAACGUCCAAGCCGUGUGGCCCCGGAUCAGCAAAGCUGCCGAGGAACGGGAACGGCAAGCGGGCAACCCUUGCAUCGAUCUCUCGACCUCCGAGAAUUGGCUGCUGCGAAACGAACUUAUUGACCUGUACAAACAGGCUAUUGAAGGCAGCUUGUCCAGUCAUGAUCUGUCUUACCCGGAUGGAUUCGCGGGCGAUUUGAAGCUCUUGGAUUCGUUGGCGAGAUUCUUCAACCGCUAUUUCCAGCCGCUGGUACCUGUUUCUAGGGAACAUCUAGCGGUUGCUCCAGGCGCAGCAUUUGCGCUCGACUCUCUUCUGUACAACAUAUGCGAAGUGGGCGAUGGCUUGCUAGUACCAACGCCUUGCUGGGGUAGCUUCGAAUGGUUGCUGAGCGUGAGAUCCGGCGUACAGCCCGUCUUCGUUACCACGCGGAACCUCGACGAUGUUUUCUCCAUGGGGGUCAUCGAGGCACUGGAAAGUGCCUUUUCAAAGUCCGCUCUGCCAAUAAAAGGCGUUCUCUUCACGAACCCUCACAACCCGUCCGGCCAGUGCUAUCCAGCGAGUAUUGUCAAAGCGAUUGUCAAGUUCUGCGGCCAAAGGGGUUUGCAUUUCAUAUCCGAUGAAAUUUACGCCCUAUCCUCAUUCGAGAACCCGGAUGUGUCGCACCCCGUGCCGUUCGUGUCAGCGCUACAGUUAGAUGUCGAGUCUUUAGGCUGCGAUCUCUCUCGAAUCCACACGAUCUGGAGUAUCAGCAAGGACUUCGGCUCCAGCGGCCUACGAAUGGGCUGCUGUGUUAGUCAAAGCAACAAGCCCCUAGUUACGGGUCUCGCACUUGUCUCCAAUACGCAGACGUCAUCGCUCACGGCUAUUGCUGCGGCCAGUCUCUUGUCAUCCCCAAAGCUGGAUGACCUGCUUGCGCUCAACUCCCACCGCCUUGCACGGGCGUAUUUACGCUUGACAUCAGCCCUGAAGAAACGAGGUCUACCUUACAUCCCUGCGACGAUGGGGCCUUUCAUCCUCGUGAGGAUCGCACCACAUGCGCGUACCUGGGAGGAUGAGGCAGAUGCUAUCCAAGCUUACAAGAGCGCAGGAUUGUCUCUUUCAGCAGGACGGAGCUACCAUCUCCCCGAGUCUGAGAAGGGAUGGGCAAGGAUCAACUUCGCUAUUGAUCCCAAUCAACUGACUGAAGCUCUUCAGAGAAUUGGUGCUGCAGCUGACGAUUGUACAAGGCUGUGA